CUUAUUCUACAAGUUGAAACUAAACCUUCAAGUCAUCUUAGCCACAAUCACAAACAAUAAUCCACCAUGAAAUUGAUGCUAGUCUUUGGAAUUGUGUCCAUGGUCUUGGCCUGUGCUUGGGCUGCCCCCCAAGGCAACAAAGAUGUUGAAAUUGUGGAACAGACCAAUGAGAACAUUGGCAUUGAUGGCUACAAGUUUAGUUACACUCUUAGUGAUGGCACCACACGCACUGAGGAAGGCACCGUCAUAAAUGCUGGCACCGAAAAUGAAUCGCUUUCGGUGAAGGGAACAAUUUCAUGGGUAGCUCCUGACGGUCAAACAUACACCAUAAACUUUGUGGCCGAUGAAAAUGGUUUCCAACCAGAAGGUGCCCACAUACCAAAAUAGAUUUAACAAAGAUCAUCAUCACCUCUACAAACGGCUACAACCAUUGCCUCGUUUUCAUCAGCGAUUCAUGUGUAAAUAUUUUUUUCGAUUAGUUUGUUAUCCUGUGAGUAGAAAAUUAUUCUA